AAAAAAAAAAUGACUACUCGUACUCUACUCUUAACAAACCGAGUCUCCCUACUCGGAUCUAUCGUCUUUAUAUUCAACAUUCUCAUGGCGAUCCGAAUCACUCUCUCUCGCUCUAUUCAACCCAUCUGCUUACAACGCCCUGCUUCUUAUCCGCUCAUUUAUUCCAAACAUCUUCGAAAAUCCCUCCCUUGUCCCCUCUGGUCCUCUUCCUUCUCGCUCUGCCUCAAAACCCUACGCAAGUCAACCACCCCCGUCCGCUCAUUUUCCGCCACAUCGACGGCCUACGAUCCUCCUCCGAAGAAGAUGUCGACGGCCGAUGACAAUCCUCUGUUGAAGGACUUCGAUUUCCCACCGUACGAUGUUGUUGAAGCCAAGCACGUCCGUCCUGGAAUUCGUAGCCUGUUGAAGAAACUCGAGAUUGAAAUGGAGGAGUUGGAGAGAACGGUUGAACCAUCGUGGCCGAAGCUGGUUGAGCCGUUGGAGAAGAUUAGUGAUCGAUUAACUGUCAUUUGGGGUAUCGUUAGUCAUCUUAAGUCCGUCAAAGAUUCUUCCGAACUCCGUUCCGCCAUUGAAGAAGUGCAGCCAGAGAGAGUUGAGUUUGAGCUUAAGUUGGGACAGAGUAAACCAAUUUAUAAUGCUGUUAAAGCUAUCAGAGGAUCUUCUGAUUGGGAGGCAUUAAGUGGUGCUCGUAAACGCAUAGUAGAAUCGCUAAUAAAGGAGGCAAUUUUAAAUGGUGUGUCUCUUGAAGAUGAUAAAAGAGAUCAAUUUAACAAAAUUCAACAGGAGUUGGAAAGACUAUCUCAAAAAUUUGGGGAGAAUGUGUUGGAUGCCACAAAGAAGUUUGAAAAAUUAGUAACAGAUAAGAAAGAAAUUGAAGGAUUGCCGGCUACGGCACUUGCAUUGGCUGCACAAACUGCUGUGUCUAAGGGCCAUGAAAAAGCUACUGCUGAAAGUGGGCCAUGGGUGAUUACGUUGGACAUUCCAAGUUAUAUGUCUGUAAUGCAACAUGCACAAAACCGGGCUUUACGUGAGGAAGUCUUCCGUGCAUAUGUAACACGUGCUUCUAGUGGAGACCUGGAUAAUACAGCAAUUAUUGACCAAAUUCUGAAGCUUAGGCUGGAAAAAGCUAAGCUUCUUGGUUACAAUAAUUUUGCUGAGGUAAGCAUGGCAACCAAAAUGGCUACUGUUGAAAAAGCAGAGGAACUCCAAGAAAAGCUUCGCAGUGCUUCCUGGGAUGCUGCAGUUCAAGAUUUGGAAGACCUCAAACAUUUCUCAAAAAAUCAAGGGGCUUCAGAAGCUAACGAUUUAGCCCAUUGGGACAUUAGCUUCUGGAGUGAGAGGCUUCGUGAAUCGAAGUAUGAAAUAAAUGAGGAAGAAUUACGCCCAUAUUUCUCAUUGCCUAAAGUUAUGGAUGGACUUUUCAACCUUGCAAAGAUGCUUUUCGGGAUAGUUAUUGAGCCAGCUGACGGGUUAGCUCCGGUUUGGAACCAUGAUGUUAGAUUCUACUGUGUCAAAGAUUCCUCAGGCAGUCCAGUUGCUUACUUCUAUUUUGAUCCAUAUUCUCGUCCAUCUGAAAAAAAUGGAGGUGCUUGGAUGAAUGAGGUCCUUUCUCGAAGUCGUGUUUUAUCACGUGACGGUGCUUCUGUUAGAUUGCCUGUUGCCCACAUGGUGUGUAAUCAAAUGCCACCAGUAGGGGACAAGCCAAGUCUCAUGACAUUCCGUGAGGUGGAGACUGUUUUCCAUGAAUUUGGUCAUGCUCUUCAGCAUAUGUUGACCAAGCAAGAUGAGAGUAUGAUUUCUGGUAUUCGAGGCAUCGAGUGGGAUGCUGUUGAAUUGCCCUCUCAAUUCAUGGAAAAUUGGUGUUAUCAUAGAAAUACUUUGAUGGGCAUUGCGAAGCACUAUGAAACUGGGGAAAGUCUCCCUGAAGAUAUAUAUCUGAAGCUCCUUGCAGCUCGCACGUAUCGUGCAGGCUCCAAUAGUCUUCGUCAGUUAAGAUUCUCGGGUAUUGAUCUGGAGUUGCACACCAAGUAUGUUCUUGGUGGAUCCGAAUCAAUAUAUGAUGUUGAUCAGAGGGUAACUAAAAGAACACAAGUGCUCCCCCCAUUGCCAGAGGACAGGUUCCUUUGCAGUUUCAGUCAUAUAUUUGCAGGUGGAUAUGCAGCUGGAUAUUACAGUUACAAGUGGGCAGAGGUGUUGUCAGCAGAUGCUUUCUCAGCAUUUGAGGAUGCCGGAUUAGAUGACGAGAAGGCCAUUAAAGAAAAAGGACACAAGUUCCGAGAAACGGUACUUGCUCUUGGAGGUGGGAAAGCACCACUCGAGGUUUUUGUGGAAUUCCGAGGGCGCGAACCUUCUCCAGAGGCACUGCUCAGGCACAAUGGGCUAUUACCAGUCACAGCCUAAGUUCUUAUGGUGAAUUUCUGUUUAGUUGGUUUACAGGUUUUUUAGGGACCUGGAAGUUUCCAUCCUAGUUUAACUAGUUCAUGGUUUUACUACAUUUAGACUGAAGUACAAUUCUACUGCCUACAAUUAGUGUGCAAAAAUGAACUUUAUGAAGUGCUUAAUAAAAGAACAGAAGUGGCUUUUUGCCCUUUCAACAACAGAA